CGCUAUUUCAGCUGGCAAGAUAAAAGUAGCAAAGAAAUGCAAUGUAUUUUGAAAAUCCACUAAUUGUCAGGUCACCGAGAUGCUCCGUUUUGACAGAGCUAUUCCUGCCUUUCCCUCCUCCUCCCUGCUGGACCUCAGCGGAAGAGAGGACAGGACACGCCUGCCACCUUCCCUUUUCCACUCCACGGCGCUUAUGCCCGUGAGAGCCCAGCUUCUUUCAGCUUCUUUUGCAGUCGCAGCCCGUGUCGUUCAUUUUUGCGGUGAAUGAACCCCGAGGAGCCGGAGCUUGGGGGACAGAGUACCGCGCACGGGAUGGGUGUACAGGAACGUGGCGAAGCCAGAGAGCGUCUCCGACCACAUGUACAGGAUGGCAAUGAUGGCUUUGGUGACUGAAGACAAAAACCUUAACAAGGACAGAUGCAUACGGUUAGCUUUGGUUCAUGAUAUGGCUGAAUGCAUUGUUGGAGAUAUUGCUCCUGCAGAUAAUAUCCCAAAAGAGGAGAAACACAGGAGAGAAGAGACAGCUAUGCAACAGCUGACCCACCUUCUAUCAGAGGACCUCAGAAAAGAAAUCUAUGAACUCUGGGAAGAAUAUGAAAACCAGUCUACUGCAGAGGCCAAGUUUGUAAAGCAGUUGGAUCAGUGUGAGAUGAUACUGCAAGCAUUUGAGUAUGAAGAGUUGGAAAAGACACCUGGCAGACUGCAGGAUUUUUUUGAUUCAACUGCUGGGAAGUUUGUUCACCCAGAAAUACUCCAGCUUGUAUCUCUGAUUUACAUAGAAAGGAAAAAAAGAAUAGCUGCCACGUCUCCUCCACAUUCCUAAGGUGUUCCUAAAUGCUGUAGCCAUAAUAAAUACUUUGGUUUAUA